CGCCGUCUGAUUCACCGCACUCCCUCUCCUACUCUGUUGUCCAGGCUGUGUGACGAAAAAUUCUUUCCUGCGCCCGUUACGACGAGCUCCGGGAGCAUGGCGUGCACGGCGCCUUUACUCGUUCUCGACUCUGUAGUGUGUUCCGCGUGCAUCUACUGUUACCAUCUCCAUCUUUCUGGGGAGCCGAGCGACGGAAUGGAUCAAGGGAAAGCAGGUGGAUGAGGUCGUGCAGAUCAAGAACAGGUGUGUACAGACAACGUGCCUGGUUUGUAGUUUGCGCUCUUCCUGAUGUUCUGGCCAUGCGGAGACAACUCUUUCUGACCUGAAUUACAGACUGACCUGGAUGUAUCUGACCGCAAUCACGUCCAGAGGACGAACACGCAGCUAUGGAGGAUAAGUAUCGAGUUAUCACGGAGGAAAGAAACUCAUUUACAUUCUAACCAGACCCGGUGAGGAGGGUAAGGAGUUAGGAAAAAAAAAAAAAAAAGCGAUUUGGGCGGUACGAGGCAGCCGUCAUUGCUGCUACCGUCUUCACCAGAAAAGGCCGCCCGGUCAUUAUUGCGUCUGUAUUUGGUCCAAAUUUCAGUCCAGAUACUGGUAUAAUUACUGUUCAGUCGGUAGGGUUGUAGGUGGGUGUGUGUGGUUCUGUGUGUGCCACGUGUUAGGGGAGAUGAAUCUAACGGAAGAGGGGAGCGCUGAGACGCCGGGCGGUGACGAUGAUGGCCCAAUGAUUAGCAGUCGUGGAGGGGACCGAGGAGAUAGUCCACUGCCUCCUCAACCUCUUCCAUCCUGUCCAUCUCCAUCGCCAUCGCCAUCGCCAUCUUCAUCUCGUCAGAAGACACGUGGCAGUCUGCUACCCCGUGGGAGAGGCCAUUGUCGACUCAGGGGGCCCCAAGGAUCCAACGAUCAACGCGGCUCUUCAGAAGACGUGUGGCAAGGCAGUGACAGCAGUGACGAUGAAGCCUUUCUGAGAGAAGCAGCCGCAGCGGAGCCGGAGCUGUACGAUCCCAGCUUGGACGAUCGCGACCAGGCUUGGGUGGAAAGGAUACGUGGCGGGCGGAAAUCCGACGCAGUUCUGAGCUGUCCGGCUUGUCUGACAACAGUCUGCCUCGACUGUCAGAGGUAUGCCGCACCUGUCGACACCCCAUCCUUCCGCAGGAGCAACGAAACGUCGUCAACGAUAACGGCGAUGGCGACUACAAGGACAGCACCUACAAGCGAUAAUGAUGUAGUAGUAGGAGGAGGAGGUGCAGAAGCAGGGGGUGGAGGAGCAGCAGGAGGAGCAGGAGGAGAGGCUUUGGCGUCAGGUCAGAAGACGACCAGGUUCUCGGCAUCUACCCACAGUGAUGUUCUUGGUCACGCCUUAAGUGCACAGCUAGAGAAAGCAACACAAGAGAUGGAAGAGCGAUUGCAAAACCUUCGAAAAGCUAUGGCGAUGGAGCGGGAGCGGAGAGCCGAGAUGAAGAGACUAGCUUGGCAGGAAGGAUGCAUAUGGAGCAGUGCUAAGAUGACUCCUCUCCCAACCCUUGGUCAAAUGAUGCGCAAUCCUGCUGCCGGGAUCGGGAUCAACCAAUCAACAAGAUUCAAAACGACAAAGUGCAAUGAUCAGAAGACGCGAAUGCCGAAGACGUCUAACUCCCCGGCUUCCAGGGAUCUCGAUCGGGAGUCAGAUUCACAUCACCAUCGGGGUCAUCUCAAAGAAGCUUCAUCGAAGUCUCCGGGUUUGUCGAUCAUCUCAUCAGCAAAACCGCGACCGCGAUCCCUACAAGCCAUCUGGAAGCAGUGGAAGGGAGGAAUAGACAGCAGCAGCUGUAUGGACAAAGCACCCGAUGCACGUGACGCACGAAAUGGACCAGAUGCACGUGACCUGCGUCAUCCAGAAGAAGAAGGGAAAGAAAAGAUGAAGAAGACAAAGCUGCAGAUGCAAACUGGAAGACAUAAUAAUAAUAAUAAUAAUAAUAAUAAUAAUAACCUUAUCCCCAAAGUUAUCCUUGGAUCAGAUGAUGAUGAUGAUGAUGAUGAUGAUGAUGACGACGAUGAUUCUGAUGAUCCUAUGGACACAUCAGACUCUGCCGCUGCCAUGGAGAUGGAGGUUGGGAUCGGGAUGGAGAUGGAGAUCGAUACUAAUCUUCCUGACCAUGACAUGAUUGAUGACAAAGAGAACGCUUUGCCAGUGAAGUACUACAAUAGUACUGGAAAUGGUGGAUACGCUGGUCAGAAUGGACGAGGAGGAGGACAGGGAGGAGGAGGAGGAGGAGGAGGAGGAGGAGGAGGUGAUGAUCGUGAUGGAUCAACGACAGGUCGAGAGUUCAAAUCCUGCUUGCGUCCGACUGAAAGAAGAACCGCUGGAUAUGUCAUUAAUGCUAAUACAUUCUCUGAUGAUCGCGACCGCCCAGCGUCUCGGCGAAGGAUAUCGAGUGCGGCGGUAGAAACUCACUCUGUGGCCGUCGAAACUCGUCAACGUCUGACAGCACCCAGUCAACAACGUCCACGUACAACGUACUUUGACCACUUGGUUCUUCACAAGGAGUCGGUGCGAGUCGGCAGACUGCUUACAAAGCAGGUCAAGGCAAAGGCUUAGGUGGCGUGUGGUGUGUAUGUGUACUACUAUGUACUAUGUACGUACUAUGUUAGUACUAUGUACGUACUACGUACUAUAUGUAUAUAUCAUGUACGUACUAUAUUAUGUACUCUGUCGUAUGUGCGGUAUUAUGAACAUGUAUGUACUAUGCACUAUACCAUGGUGGCUUAGUUGGUUGGUUGUGGUUGUUCUUCAUCUUGUGGAUCACACUCAGGCAUGAAGUUUAUAUAAACCAGUACAGGGCCAUCUUCGUGAGGAAUUGUGUGAUCUCCAAAACGGAGGUGAUUCGGAUGCCACUGCAGACGGCGAAGCGAAAGAAGAAGAAAAAGAAUGUGAGAGGAGCAACGCGCAGGCGAGGACAAAUGGGGGAAGUUGUCGAUCGGACAAGUACAGGAGGUCGAGAUGAUGCUGGGGGUUGCAAUGCCACUGUGGACGAAGAUGACAAGGAGGAGGAGGAGAAGGAGGAGGACAAUCAUCCCCCGGAGGGCGAUUGCGAAACGUUUUGGCCUGUGAAAUGUCGAGAAUGUGGAACACAGGUUGCGGUCAUAGACAAGGAUGAAGUUUUUCAUUUUUUCGAUGUCAUUCCAAGCUACAGUUGAGCUUUUUGCAUUUCGAAUUCCAAUAGGAAUUGUAUAUUUGUAAUCUGUUGGAGGGUUUUUUAGGGUUUAGGGUUUAGGGUUUAGGUUCUACAGUUUAGGGUGGAGGUUACAGCGUUUGUUUGGGUUCUAAGGUUUAGGGUUUUCUUUUGACAUGCAGCAUGAUUUUGA